GCAUCACGUUGAGUCCACCGAACGUCAAUGUCAUCCACAAUUUAACUGACUGACUAGUUUUUGAUUCCGAGAAAAUUUUAACUGCCAAGUGUUUCCCUUGAUUGAAAUCAACUGGAGCCAUGAGUUUCAGGGGAUUCGACUACGACUUUGGAUCCAGACAAGGUGGAUCCUUCGCCUUCACCGCCACUCGGAUCGCUGGGCGGGCUGCCGAGACUCGCGAAAGACCUCCUCGCACUCUCUCCUUGGUGCUUCCGGCCAAUAAUCUAGGAAAAUCCAUCACCGAAGAUGUUGCUGUCGCAUUACGACAAGUCGUCUUUGGACAAUGUCCCGCCUCAGUACGACCCGAAUUCUUCAACCAAGGACCUGGACUAGUCUUCCGCGAACACGGCCACCCGCUAGCCUACGGUCUUUCCAUCACGAAUCCAUCGACGCUUCCCAUGAUGCGUGCUAUUCUCAUGACUAUUCAGGCGCAAAUCUUACGGACGCUUCUCUUUGACUCGGCCAUCCUCAAACUACCCAAAACUUGUAACCCACUAAUGCCAACGACAGUCACGAUACAGCAAGAAGCUUUAGCGUAUGCAAUUGCCAACAUAAUCUGGAAAUCUGGAAACGAACAAUCAGCUACUCUCUGCCUACCGCAACCCAACGUCGUCCAUAUCGUUGGCUCGCCACAGUUCAACGAGGACGGACUCACCGAAAAGUUGCAACUUUGUCAAAUGAACAGAAUUGAAGAAUUACACCACACCAUCAGACGCAAUAUUCACGUGUUUCAAGAGGAUCCCGGUCCAGCUGUGAUGUUGAUUUUGUAUAGUGCCAUUUUAACGAGAGGAAUCAACCAAGUGACUGAAGACAUGGGUAAACCAUCGGGAGGUGACGGCAUCCUAACACCCAUGAAAAGUCUGAUGAGCAUUAAUGGAAGUAUUAUGUUUGGUCCAAUCAGCCUGUUUCUGCUCGGAAGAGCAAGUCCCUAUCUACACAACGGUGUUCAAUAUCAAGACGACGGAGACAGCAGAACUGAAGAAACUGGAGUGUUGAUCCGCUCGCCGAUUGGUCUCCUUCUCUGGAUGGGCAAUGAAGCGAAAACUGCGGCUUACAACGUUGGUUCAAGAUUUAAAACACCAACUGUGCCGAUAUGGGUGGUCGUGGCUUCUGAAAAUAGUGGAGUCUUGUUUGGCGAAGACAAAGGACUUCUUAGAGACCACCAAGCAGAAAACAGGUUCCAGCUGCACUACCACACUUCCACAUUUCAUCAGCAGAAUCCGGUGAUUUUGAAAAUUAACAAUCGUGUCAGAGAUGACUCUUCGGCUGACGCCCCAAUUCCGCCGCUAGAAAGGAUACUCCGAACCAAGUGGGGUGAUGCUCGACUCGACUGGGGCAACGUGGAACCCUUCGUGUGAAUGUGUCUGGGCAGACUUCGGUUUAAGGAGGAAUUCAUGAUUGUUAACACCGCCAUUUUUGGCCGUGGAAUUUGUAGCAUAGAAUACCUUAGUAAAAGUUUGCAGUCGACAAGGUUAUUUGUACUAUUUAUAGACCUCUGUUUGAUAUACACGCGACUUGGCAAUACUUGA